AUGGCCGACGUCGAGGCAGACAAGCUCGUCAUUUCCGACGAUGAAAACCACCCCGCCAACCUCAUCCCCUCGCUCUGCGCCAAGUUUUGGACAUUGGGCUGGGUGACGGGCACCGGCGGCGGCUGCUCCAUCCGUAACGACGAUCUCGUCUACAUUGCGCCCUCGGGCGUCCAAAAGGAACUCUUAAAACCCCUCGACCUCUACGUCCUCUCCCUCUCCGCGCAGAAUACCCCCGAGCGCACCUAUCUCCGCGCGCCGCCGCGCUACAAGCCCAGCCAGUGCACUCCCCUCUUCCUCGCCGCCUUUACGCGCCGCGGCGCCGGAUGCUGCAUCCACACGCACUCGCAAUGGGCCGUCCUCGUCACGUUGCUCCUAGAACAGCAGCAGCAGACGCAGCAGCAGGGUAAUGCGCGCGUUUUUGAAAUUAACAAUAUUGAGCAGAUUAAAGGCUUUGGGCGCGGGUUUCAAAAGACGGGGAAUCUGGGGUAUCAUGAUACUUUGAGGAUACCCGUCAUUGAGAAUACGCCGCAUGAGGAGGACUUGACGGAAUAUCUCGAGGCGGCCAUGGAAGAAUACCCGGAUACGUAUGCGGUGCUGGUGCGCAGGCAUGGCGUGUACGUAUGGGGGGACAAUGUCCACAAGGCCAAGACGCAGUGCGAGAGUCUGGAUUAUCUCUUCCAGUUGGCCGUCGAGAUGAAAAAGCUGGGCAUUCCCUGGAUCAGCGACAUUGCUCGCAUUGCUCCUGAUAGGACGUAG